AAUGUAUUGAAUUUGUCAGUAUCGAAUAAUUUUUGACAAAAUAUGCUGUCUGCGAACUGAACAGAUUUCAUCUUAUUCUGUUUACCCAGACCAAUGAUAUAUAUUACUAUUUUAAUACAUCGUAUUUAAUAAGUCGAUUACUGGUUUGGUUUCUAUUGAAAAUGAUUUUGUACAAUAUUAUUAUUUGAUUUUUGUUGUUCAGGUAUGUAAACAAAUCAAAUUAAUUAUAUCCUAAAAAGAAUUUGAACAUUAGUAUUGUUUUAUAGCGUUCUCGGUUAUUUUGUGCUUAAGAAUAUGAGUUUAUUUUUAGUAAGCUAUACUUUCAAAAUAAUUAAAGUAUGUGCAAGAAGUGUAUUAAAUCAAAAAACAAAACAAAAUUUAGUUUAGCACCCUCCAAAAUUCUGAAGUUUUGUGUUUUUUCAGAAACCUUUGUAUUUUAACGUUUUAAAAAGGAUAGUGUAAAUAUUUUUUGACAGAAAUCAUUAGUUUUGAAGUUAGGGUACUAUGUGUAUUAUGUUGAAUAACUUAAUAUUGCCAUUUACAUCAGCAUGUCUAUCAUAGACCUGUGGUGAUUGUAGCUGUUAUCAUCCUAGUAAUCCCAAGUUCGCAACAGAUUCCUGUAAGUUUGUUUUGCACUUUUUUCCGAAUAUUUCAGGUGUUUUGAUUGUUUUAUUAUUUAAAUAAAAUACAAAAUUUUUAGGUGGUGCUAAAUAAGAUUUAUGCCCAAAAAUAAUAUUACAUUUUUUCAAUUAACUGUGAAAUGUUAAUUUUUUAACAUUGCCUAAAAUUAACUUAAUCCAUUGAAUAUAAUGAAUUCUUAAAAGUUACCAUUGAUAGUAUAUUGUAUCAGAUAAAUAGUUUUUUUUUAAAUAAUUGUAAAUUUAACAAAUGACCAGCACAAUAAAUGAUAUAGAUAGAUUUAAUGACAGACGUAUUUUCUAUAAGAUUUAUGAAGAUCAAGAAAUCAUUAUCAAUAUUAAUUCAACAAAAAUGAUGCCAGAAUUUAAAAAGAUAUAAGAAAACGGUGCUAACUUUCACCUGCAUUGUUCAAUUUAUUUAUGGAAAAACAAUUAACGUCAUAAAACUUUGUUUAGAUCAAAAAAGAAAUGGAAUGAAAAUAGGAAGGAUACUAAUAACAAUGCUUUGCUUUUCUGAUGAUAUAGCCGUUCUCGCAACAUCUAAGAAAGACUUGCAAACAGUGUUAAAUGUAAUGAAUACCAUAUUCCAAGAGUAUAAUGUGAAAAUGAAUGCAGCUAAGACCAAAACUCUAGUAUGCUACAAGAAAAACAUACUAUCUAUAAAUAUAACACUAGAAAACAAAAAAAAUUCUCCAAUUAGACUAUUUCAAAUAUUUAGGCAGUAUUAUAAAGAAUGAUGGAAAAUCAACUAGGGAAAUCAAAAGCAGGAUGGGUCUAGUAAAAAAUGCUUAAAAAUUCCUUAAAAAGAAAAAAUUAUUAACAUCAAAAAAUAUGAACAUAGAAACAAAGAAGCGAGACGUGGUCAAUUAAUAAAAAAAAGAGAAAGAUAUGUUGGAAGCUCUGGAGAUGUGGUGUUGGAAAAAAAUGUAGAGAAUAAGCUGGACUGAGAGAACAUAUAAUGAAGAUAUUUUGAGGACAAUAGUUAAAAAACAAACAUUGAUAGACACUAUAUGGAGAUAGCAGUUGAUAGGACACGUUGAGGCAUAAGGAUAAACUGCAUAGUUUAAUAAUUGAAGGAAUGAUAGAAGAAACAAGAUCUAGAGAAAGACCUAAGACGAAAUACAUUAGCCAAAUAAUGAAGGAUGCAGGAGUCACUUCCUACAGGGAUCUCAAGAAUAUGAUAGAGAAAAAUAGAGAAGUCAUUUAUUGUAAAAAUUUGUUAAAAACUAAUCUUCGGGUUGAUAAAAAAAAAAAUAUAGGUUCUUUGACAUUAACAAAUAUUAUUUAGUUUAUUAAAUUUGUUAACAGCAAAUGAUAUGGAAGAACAACAAGAAACCGCCACAACUGCUCUGCAUUCUAGUGUUGAUAAUAUUACAAUACAUAAUCCAAUAGUUAAUUUAUCAAUUACUGAAGAUGAAUCCAAACCCAGUACUUCAAAACAACAAAUUGUACACGAAAAUAUAUUUGAUCAACUUAAAGGAAACAACAAGCAUAUAUUUGUUUUAAGUACAGCUGGUAAACCAAUUUACACACGGUAAAUAUUUUAUUAUAACUAAAUUAUUUUUAUUAAAAUAUUUUUGUUUAUAUCUUUGAAAUAGAUUUGGAAAUGAAAAUCAGAUGGCCUCCCUAUUUGGUCUAAUGAUAGCUUUAGUGUCUGUGACCCAGGAUUCAAAUGAUACACUACAGUCUAUUUGUUGUGGUCAUACUCGAAUAGUAUUUCUAAAUAAAGAUCCUAUCAUACUCGUUGGUGUGUCACAAUCUGCUGAGCCUUAUGAUCGAAUUAAAAAACAAUUAACGUAAUUCGUGAAGUACCGCAAACAAAUUGAAUAUUAAAUCAUUAAAUAUUGUGAAUUAACAUAAAUUGUAUUAUUUUUGAUUGCAGAUAUGUUUAUAAUAAUAUAAUUAGUAUAUUGACACUAACUCAGCUUAAAAAAAUUUUUCACAAUAGAAAUAAUUUUGAUUUGCGACGAUUAAUGAGUGGUUCUGAAAGGCUGAUAGAUAAGCUUAUUUCGUUUACCGAGAAUGAUCCAGGAUUUUAUUUGGAUUCUAUUAGUUGUUUGCAAAUGCCAUCUAGUAACAGAGAUAAAAUAACACAAACUAUUUUAACUGAAUGUAGUAAAAUAAAGGUUUGUUAAUUAUUAUUUUUUUAAUCAUGAAUUAGUUUGUUCAAUACUAACAAAUUUUUAAUUUGUUUUAGAAUUUAGUUUUUGGUUUAUUAAUUGCUCAAAAACACAUUAUAUCAAUUAUUCGCAUGAAAAAAUACUCAUUGGAAGUAUCUGAUAUUCAUUUAAUAUUAAAUCUCAUCAACUCAACUGAGUCAUUCAAAACAGCUGAGAGUUGGACCCCUAUUUGUCUACCUGCAUUUGACUCCAGGUGAAAAACAGAUUUAAUAUGAAUAUUUUAGUAAUCCAAAGUUGGUUUGUCAAUAAUUUCGCCUGUUGCAUACAUAUUAUGAAGGCUCUGUAAUUACAGAAAGUAUACUAAUAUAUUUUGAUAAAAAUACAAUUUGUUUGGUUUUGAAUAAUAAUAGAAAAAAAAAAUUAUAAUUAUCUUUGCUACACACAUGAUCAAGCAUCAGCACAAAUUAUUUUUAAAUCUCUACACAUCUUAAUAUUAAAUCUCAUGAUUAUAGUACUAAUUAUAAGUUUUCAACUUUCUUUGAAAAAAGAAAUUAACAACAGGCUUGAUUAUUAGCUGUGAUUUAUAUAAAUAACUAUUACCGUAAGAAUUUUAAAACGUGUAAAUGUGGUGAUAUUUUAUCAUUUUGAUAGAUACAUACUGACAACACACUCCACAUUUUUUUUUUUUUGUAUUUUUUUGUAUUACAGUAAUGUUUACUUUUUUUUCUGUGGAGCUGUUCUACCAGCAAUUUUAUUUUGAUUUACAAUAAUACCACUUUUUCUAAAAAAAAAUCUGACUUAAUACUUGGUACUUUAAGGGUGUUAUUUUUUGAUUUUCCCAGCUGUUUUUAUAAUAAAUGGGAAAACAGUUACAAUAUUAAAUAAAUAUUGUUAAAGAAAAUAUAUAAUGUAUAUGUAAUUAGUUUACCAUAAUAUGACAUGAAUUGUUGACAAAGUAACACUAUUAACCAAACCACUCAGAAUCAUUUUUUCAUUAGCAAUAAUUAAUUAUUUGCGUCCAGAUUUACAUCCAAUUUCCCCUCUACUGCACUUCCAACUUUUCACCUACAACAGUGGCCCACCCACGUGCGAAGUAUGUCUGUCUCUUUUUACUACUUAGGGUUCAAUUUUAGUGAACUUGUGUUUUAUUGGUCACUUAGAUAUCCAAAAAGUUUCAGACAAUUGAACUUUUCCCCAAGAAAUCCAUUUUUUCCAAGUGUAUUUGUUUUUAAUAUCUGUACCUAUUCUAAGAAAUGGAACUAAUACAUAAACCAUGAUAUUUAUUAAUAUUAUUUUUUGAUGUCUUGACUUAGCCAGAAUAAGUUAUAAACUAUUUACUUACCUAUUCUAAACAGUCUCGUAAUUAUUUGUAUUAUUUUUUUAACAGUGGCUUCAUGCAUGCUCAUAUAUCAUAUUUAGCAGAAGAUUGUCAAGCGUGUCUAGUUUUGUUAACUAUUGAUCGUGAUCUUUUUUUUUUACUCUCUGAUGCUAAAAGAAAAAUCACAGAGGUAGGUUUGUAUUGUAUUAGUUUAUAAUAGUAUACCAAUUUUCACCUGGCUAUUAAAAACUAAGUGAAUAUUAUAUACAAUUUACUUUAUGUAUUUUAUACAAUUUUUUUUUUUUUAUAUAGAAAAUGAGACGUAAUGAUUGUCUUCAAGCAAUCAAUGAAGCAAUUGUUCGCCAACCCCUUAAUUUAGCAAGAGCUAAUAUUGUAGGGCUAAGACAUCUUCUAUACAAGAACAAAAAUCGUUCGCAACACUGGUCCCCUCCAUUUACAUCACCAUACAAUACUGAUACAUUGCAACAAAACCUCAUGUCAGUAUACUGUUCAUUAAUCAGUCAAAUGAAUUUCCCUGGACGAACAUUGAAAGUGAUUUAUCAACAAUUAACUGCUGAAACUAUGCUGGCUUGGGUGAAUAAUGGUUUUUUUUUAUGUUGAAAGGUUUUUAGAAUAUAAAAAUAUUAACAUUUUUUUUAGGCAACAGACGAUGUCGAAUUAUAUAUGUGUUUUGAACCACUGGUAUCCAAAGAAUGUGCAACAAAUGCUAUAACCAAAUUAACGCAAUGGAUGAAAAAAGAAGAGGAUUCGUUAUUUAUAUUUAAUAUUCCCAUGUUUUAAAAUUUUGUCAUUGUUUUAUAAUUGAAUCCUGAAUUUGUGAUAAUAACAAUAAAUAAUUAUAUACAUUUUUUUUAAAGAUUGUAAAUAUUUGGAAUACCAUUUUGAACUAUACUAUUAUGUAGUACCUAUUUAAUAAUGAAUAAGAUAUAUUUGCCUCC